CGAGGUUGUGACCUUUGACUCGUGCCCGAUCUGGUGCAGGCCUCGCGCGUGGCGACUGGAGCGGGUAAUUCGCGGUGUCCGUGGUAACGGGGCGCGUGGAGCAGGCGGUCUGUCUCCCUGGUAACGAAUUGUGAAAGAUGGGGAAAGCUCAGAAGAAAAAGAUCACUUCUGAUAAUAUACGGAAGGCAAAGUCCACACGAGACAUUAAGACAAAUCCUUUUGAGGUGAAAAUAAACAAGCAAAAGUUCAAUAUUCUUGGCCGGAAGACAAAGCAUGACCGUGGGUUACCUGGCGUAUCUCGAUCAAAAUCUAUUAAAAGGCGCGCAGAGACUUUGCUGAAGGAAUACCAGGAUAAGGGGAAGGCCAAUACAUUUGUUGACAGACGAUUUGGUGAAUAUGAUUCUGGGCUAACUGUAGACGAGAAGAUGACAAAGAGAUUCUCCCUGGAGCGGCAGCGCCUGCACACAAAGAAGGACAUAUACAACCUGAAUGAGGAUGAGGAACUCACCCAUUAUGGGCAAUCUUUGGCAGACAUUGAGAAGUUCAAUGACAUGCCAGACAUUGACAAUGAAAUGGAGGAUAAGGGCCUUCUGUCUGCUGAGUUCACCGCUGCUGCACACUUCGGAGGUGGCGGGCUGUUGCAGAAGAAGAUUUCAUCUAUGCAAAAGGGCGAAGAGGAGGAAGCAAAACCCAAAUCCCGGAGAGAGUUCAUUGAAGAGCUUAUUGCUAAAUCCAAGAAGGAGAAGCACGAGCGGCAGAUGCAGCGAGACAAGGCACAGGAGCUGACCGAGAAGCUGGACAAAGAUUGGAAAGAAGUCCAUUCCCUGCUGGCUCACAAAACCCCCAAAGUCGAGCACAAGGAAGAGAAAUCCAAGGCUGGGGAUUAUGAUAUUAUUGUACGUGAGCUGUUCUUUGACAUGAAGGCACAGCCCUCUGACCGAAUGAAGACCAAGGAAGAGCUGGCGAGGGAGGAGCAAGAGCGCCUACAGAAACUUGAGGCGGAGAGAGUGCGUCGGAUGCGUGGAGAGUUUGAAGAGAAAGGCAGCAACAGACCGAAACACAUGUCUGCAGAUGACUUGCACGAUGGUUUCAUCCUGGACAAGAUUGACAAGCCUUGCCUCGUUUACAAGGAAGGAAAGCUAGAGGAGCUGGAGGAGGAAGAGGAGCAUCUGGGUAGUGAAAAUGAAGAAGAAAAUGGUGAAGACAGUGAUGAGGAUGAAAAUGAGGAAGAGAAUCAAAGCGGAGAAAAUGAUGAAGACAGUCAUUCAGAUCUAGAAGAUGAUAGCCAUUCGGAUCUGGACUCCGAUGCCGAAAGUGAGAAGGAUGAGGGUGCAGGUGAUAAGGAAACAGCCAAAGCCACUUCGCAAAAGGAGAAUGCACCAAGUGAAGAGGCAAGGAAAGCUAUGAUGGAAGCAGCCAAGACUGAGCUGCCUUUCACUUUUCCUGUCCCUGAGUCGUAUGCUGAUCUGAAGGCCCUGCUAAUGGGACAGGUAACAGAGAAACAGUGCCUAAUAGUGGAACGCAUUCAGAAGUGUAACCACCCAAGUCUUGCUGCAGGAAACAAAACCAAGUUAGAGAAACUGUUUGGUUUCCUCUGGGAAUAUAUUGGGGACUUGGCAACCAAGCAACCAGCAGAACUGAAGACAAUUGAUAGGAUGGUACCCCAAUUGUAUGAUCUGUCCCAGUUAUUCCCUGAAGCUGCAUGCAACUGUGUUCAGUCAACCCUUAGACAAAAUAUGCAGGACCUAGAGAACCAGCUGCAAGCUAAAGGUCGGGCUACAUUUCCUGGAUUAGAUAAGCUGCUUUACUUAAAGAUUACAGGGGCUUUGUUCCCUACUUCUGAUUUCCGACAUGCAGUAGUGACCCCUGCGCUGGUACACAUGAGUCAGAUGGUCACUAAGUGCUCUGUCACCUCACUGCGGGAUGUGGCUGCGGGACUGUUCAUGUGCUGCCUCUUCCUGGAUUAUGUUUCACUCUCAAAGCGGUUUAUUCCUGAGGUUAUCAACUUCCUUCUGGGAAUUCUUUACAUGGCAAUCCCCAGCAAAGGCACCAUGGCAGGAUACACUCUGGUACCGCCUUUUAAACCAUCUGGGAAAUCCUCCGACCUGCUGGUGGUGAAAGAUAAAAAGGCUGCAGAAUCAUGGGAAAUGAAACCUUUGCCAAUGAGCAGUUUACAGGGGGUGAAACAGCAAGAUGAAUUGCAAACAGCAAACUUCAGGUUCUCCUGCAUAGCAUUAUGUUUUAAUCUGUGCAAGCGGUGUUCCUCCUUGUACAGAUCACUACCUGCAUUUCAGGAAAUAAUUCGUCCGCUGGAAAUUAUUCUUACCUCGCACCUACCUGUGAAUGAUUAUCCCGUUCAGCUCCAGGAACUGUAUCACGAGGUCCUACAGGAAGUGCAAGACAGGCCGGCAUGCUACUGUCCACUCAAAUUCGAAAAGAAGAAGCCAGUUCCCUUAAAGCUAUUCACACCCAAAAUAGUGGAAGUCUCAGACUACGGGCGAAAACGAGGGGGCAACCGGCAAGAGAGAGAGCGAAUGAGACUUGUCCACAAGCACAAGCGGGAAUUUAAAGGAGCCGUUCGAGAAAUCCGCAAAGACGCACAGUUCCUGGCCAGGCAGAGGUUCUCUGAUAUUAUGGAAGGAGAUGCAGAGAGAAAGAGGAAGGUGAAGAUGCUGUUCCACAAUCUGGCCACUCAGGAGGGUGAAUGGAAGGCCAUGAAGAGGAAGAAGAGAAAAAUGUGAUAACUUUAUUCUCUCAAUAGAGAGAAUGCCACUCUAUGACUGAGGAGGUGUUGCCUGUGCAAAUGUACAUACACUGCUAAAGAAAUGUUGCAGAAUAGAUAUUAAAACUUUACACAGUGGUGAUAUGCGAAUUGAAUUGGGCAAACGUUAUUAAAUGAAUCUUUACAUGUGCAAACCCCGCCCUACAUCAUGAUGGGCUGCGAAAAAGCAUUUCAAGCAUUUUUGCAUUUUGAUUGAUAGUCAGUUAAUGGAACACUCUAAGAGUGAAUGUUAUACACCCAGGAUUCCCCAGGAUUCACUUAGUCAUGAAAUAUCAUGCAGCACAACACCCAGUGUAAGAUUACUAUUGCAGAUUUUAUUUUUGAUGGGAGUACUUGUUUUUUUAAAAUUACACAAAUACUGAAAAUCUUAAAAGACAGAAAAUGCACAAAUCAUCCAACAGGUCAGACAGCUUCUGUAAACAACUGAAUGUUUCUAUCUCAAAACGGUGACCCGUGUUUUAUUCUUUUUGUGUGUGUUGCUGGACUUUCUCUGCGCUGCCAACAUAUCCUGGGUUUUUUUAAAAGCGGUUCAAGCAUGCCCUCAGGGUAUUGUGUUUUAUCAUGUAAUUCAGAUCACCUGGAGCAGAUACUUAACUGGACACAGGACUAAUGUGCAGGCUGACUGCACUUGGAGGCGGUGUGGCUGGUUAAAGUGAAAAUUGUUACAGUUGAUAACUGGGCUGGUAAGUUACUGCUGGAUCUUGGCCAUUCUUCAAUGUUGCAUUAUGUUGUGCAAGUGGGGAAAUGUAAUAGUGAAUAACAAAAAUAUAUUGCAAAGAUGCACAAUUUUUUUCUGUCACAUUGUGCUGACUAACACAGGACAUCUGAAUCAACAGCUCAAGUAUCCCAGGUCUUGUGUUUGUGAAGGUCUCACCAAAUCUUAGUGUAAGCAGAUUCAUGGAAAACUGUUGAAACUAGGCACCCUUCUCCUAAUCAUUGUUGUAGGUGACUCUGGGGUGAAGCAUCUCUACCGCAGACCAAUGCUUCCAUUAGCUAUUUGUGUUUUGAUAUCAGAGGUAAGAUAGUGGUGAUACUAAUCUGAAUUUGGGCAGCAAAUUUUGCCAAUCAUUUUGUAGAAAUAUAUAAAUAAAACAGAUAUAUUUGGA